AUGUCUGUUCUUUUCUCUGAACUGUAUACGUUGGACAGUGUUACUUCUGGGGAUUUCCCAACCAUUGUAAUUAAUCAUGAUACAUUCACCAGGACGCUUCAAGACGUCAGUUUCCCUGAUAAGGCUGGUGGUUUUACAUUUUCUGACCCAACAGAUAAUCUAGCUAAUCGCUUUAUCCUAUGGCGUUCACAUGGGGAUAUCCUCGAGCUUCAGGAAAUUUCUCUGCACCACAACCUUACGAACAAUAUAUUGAAAGUAUCGUUUGGAGGUUCUGCAAUUGUCAGUUGUCAUAUAAGUGAGACACAUGAAGCAGUUGUGUGCCUUGUCUGCACUUCUCAUGGGGCUUCACAAUUAUUAUUCACUCACCCUCGCAUGCUUCCAAAUGCUGCCAAUGUCUCCAUUAUUGGCAACAAAAAGAAUGUACAGUACAGUUUCCAUCAAAUAAAAGGUCUACAGCCAUCCGUUAUUCGUUGUGGCACCGCUUUUGUUCUGCAUCAUUCCGGCGUCUCAGUUUUCGCUUAUGGACUAUCCACAGGCUCAAUAAUGAUUGCAAGAGUUCUUCCGUUUGACUCUACUGCUCCAGAAGGUACAGAAGUUUUUGAAUUAUGUCAGACGUCGAUAAUCCAAAAAUUGUGGAGUGGUAUCACUCCGUUUUCAAGCAAAACUGAUAAUGAUUCUGCCUCAUCACCCCUAGAUAUAAUCUCUCUGGAUUUGGGUUGUGAUGAAUAUUUCUUGGCAACUAUUUGCAGAGAUCACCGUUUGCGGUUAUGGGACUUUAAACAUCGUAAUUGCUUUGCUGUCCUAGAUCUUCUAGAAUUUCUGCCUAGAACACUUGAUCUUAACGCAUCAUUGGAUCAGUCUGCAUUACAUUCAAAUUUUGCACCAGGUUUAUGUCAUCGAUUAUCUUCUGAAGUAGUAUCUAGUCAUAGUAUCAAUAUCAUCGUCUAUAUGUCAAUGUGUUUAUCUUCAACAGCUAAUAAUAUGAUGAUUGGCUUAGAUUUUUCUCAAUCAAAAGAAGUGAAUACAAGUUAUUGGUGUUGGAUACAUAUGGAUAUUGCCAAAGCGUUAAAUCGUAAUCGUGAAUGUUUAAGUGUAUUACAAGUAGAUCCAUUAAUACAAGAUUCUAAUGAAGGAGCAUUAAAUACCUAUAAUAAUAAUGAUAGUUAUAAUACCGAGUUUUUAUCAUAUGAAAGUAAUAUGAACUCACUUUUAAAAAUACAAAAACCUGAUAUCAGUGUACUAGAUUUUAUUCCUUCAGAAAUAGCAAAAAAAUCAGGAGGUGGAAAUGAAUCAUCUGAAAGGGGAAUAAAAUCUAAAAUGCUUUGGGUGGUAUAUGGUGGUUGGCGCAUCAAACUGAUACUGGUGAUACUCAAUUGGAUAUUACCUAGUUGGCAUAAACUUCCUGCCUAUAUUGCAAUACAAUCUGCUAGUCAAGAGCAACUCGAUAGUCUAUGGGAUGAAACUGGUAUUGAUGUUCAACUGGAAAUAUUUUUAGACCAUCUUUUUCAUCCUGGUUGUUUAUCCUGGUUCGCCAUUACGAAUGCAUUCAAAUCAAUUUGUGAAACCUACGGCUUACUAGAUGGUGAUUUAUUAUUGAAUGUCAGUGAUCUUCAUGAAACACGUGUUCGCAUACAUCGCACUUUAUUGGUGAACAUUAUUCCAAAGCUUAGUCGAGAUGAUGUGAAGGCAAUGUUUAAGACAUUUUAUUCUACAGCUAUUGAUUACCAUGAACAUGGUUUACAACCGCUUGGAUUAUUACGUAUUCAUAAAAAGAUGAGCAGUAGUAGUACAUCAUCAUCAGUGGGAGCGACAGUAACAUUUGGAAAGACUCUAUUUCCUAAUGAAGACACAAUAAUUGUUAUUCGUCGAUGGGGAUUUUCUAUUCUGCGUCAUCUGGAUGAUGUAGAAAUCUUGCUAUGGAAUAAUAUACCACCGAGUAUUGGACGUUUACAAUCAUCUUAUUCAUCAUCAAAUAUCUCAUCAAAAACCAAUACCAAGAACAUCAUCGAUAUAACAACAGAUUGCAGAAAAAUUCUUGGUAUUCUUCAAAAACAACCAAAAUGGUGCGAAUGGGAAAGUUGCCUGUUUGACUGUAGGAAAUUUGAUCCUACUGCAAAUCCACUGUUAUUAGUUGAACAAGUUAUUGAACAAUUAGAUCAAAUCAAUGAAUGUUGGUUACCUCCACCGAUUUCAUCUUCGGUUCGAUUUAAAAGUCCAUUCUCUACUGGUUCUCUUUCAACUGCACAUCUUACUGCUGUCUCAAAUUUAAUAUCAUUGCUGGAUAAUUGUGGUAUUAUGGAAAAAAGUUGUCAAACUCUGCAAAGUUUAUUUGACAUGGAUAGUAAUAAUGCUAGUAGUCCAUCAUGUGAAGAUAUAGAGAUAACAAGUCAAUCAUGGCUUAACAAUAACUCUAAUAGAUCCAGCGGAAAUAGAAAUUCACUUACUGCUGGUUUCCGGAGACAGUCAUUAACAGCAGGUAGUAGUGGUGAUCAUGGAGGAAAUAGUAGUAGUCGGUUUAUGGAAGCUGUAUCAAACUCCUGUGUUGAAUUUUUACGUCAAUUGUGUUUUAAUACUACAGAAACACGUAUAUUAUUUACAUUUGCUUUGUUAAUUUUAAUCCGACGUAAUGAACUUGCAUCGAAUGGUUUAAUUAAACUACACGGUAAACAUCGUCGUGAGAGAAAAAAUAGCCAUAAUGAUGAUGAUGCUGGGACGCAAAUACUGUAG